AUGGGUAAAGAGAGACCCAUUUCUUCAUUUUUCAAGAGAAAAAGAGACGAACCUAUUGUUGAGGAACCACUGAUUCCUGCCAACUUAGUUGAAUUAGAACCAAGGCAAUAUGAAGACCAAGCAGAUGAAGGUGAACCUAUUGUAUUUCGGGGAAUUGAAUUCCUGCAGCGAGAUCCAGCAUUACGCCGACAAAUUUGGGAGUAUCCAAGUAACCAACAAGAUGAAGUACGACGGGCAUAUUUGAAGUUAGGUCCAAUGCAACCUAAACUUAAAAAAUACAAGGGUUUUGGACCGCAGGGUCAUAAGCGCCAUUUCCAGUACAAUUGGUUUAGUGAUUUUCCAUCUUGGCUGGAGUACUCAGAGACCAAUGGUCGUGCAUAUUAUCUUUUUUGCUUCGUGUCCAGCAAAAAUAUAAAGAAAAGAAGUGGCUUUGAUGUCUUCACAGCACAAGGCUUUUACAGCUACAAGAAAGUUAAUAAUGGCAAAAAUUGUGGAUUCUUGGUUCACAUAGGAUCUGAUCCUUGCUCAACACACAACAAUGCAGUCACGGAAUGUCAUAACCUGUUGAAUCAACCAAAUCAUGUUGAUAAUAUUAUCGAGGUGGCAAGCAAGCAAGAGAAAGAAAGAAAUCGUCUACGGCUGAGAGCAUCAAUUGCAGUUGUCAGAGGCCAUGAUGAGACACCUCAGUCAAAAAAUAGAGGGAACUUUGUUGAAAUAUUAAAACUUCUUGCUGAAUUUAAUCCUGAAAUUGCAAGUGUUGUGCUAGAGAAUGCUCCACAAUUUGCAAAGUACACAUCACCUGAUAUCCAAAAGGAAAUCUUGAGUAUUUUUGCAAUGAAAGUCAGGAAGCAUAUACGUGAGGAAAUCGGGGAUGCAAAGUUCUCUAUUCUUGUGGAUGAAACAUGUGAUGUUGCAAAAAGAGAGCAAAUGGCAAUUGUUUUCAGAUUUGUGGAUAAUGAUGGUAUUGUACAAGAACGGUUCUUUGACUUGAUACAUGUGAAGAACACCAAAGCACUAACAUUGAAGAAAGAAUGA